GUAGGUAGCUCCCAGUGGCGGGUAGCUGUGCGGGACUUCUCUCCGCACCACGCAGGGCUUGUUGGCUCCAGCGGCGCCCUGCCCAUCAGGAGUGGAGCUACCGCGGGGGGGGACCCUUACCUCGUGCGAGACGGAUCCGCGCCCGCGUUGGGAUGCUGCUGCUUCUGUGCGCGGAGGGCGCUGCCCGCCUGUGCGUGGCGCUGGCGGCCGCUCUGUGCUGCUCCGCCUGGGCCGGUGCCGCGUUCGGCCCCAGCCUCAACUCCAACGCUAUCAAGAGCCUGCCGCCAGGCGGCGCCACCGGACCAGCGGGCUCCUCCGGCAGUGCCGCGCCCGCAGACCCGGUCCUGCUCGAGGAGGGUAACAAGCACCAGCCCGUCGAGCCCCAUCAGCCUUACACGUGCUCGGAAGACGAGGACUGCGCCCCGGACGAGUUCUGCUCCAGCGCUCCGCGCGGGGCCAGUCCCGCAACCGCUCUCUGCCUGGCCUGCAGGAAACGCCGGAAGCGCUGCCUGCGCCACGCCAUGUGCUGCCCGGGCAACUACUGCAACAACGGGAUGUGCGUGCCCACGGAGCAAGGCCACUUCAACCCCGGGGAGAUGGAGGAGACCAUCAUCGAGAGCGACCAUAGCAUUCCAGACCUGCAUCCCAAAAGGACCACAUCGUCUUCCCGGCUACCCCACCUGAAAGGUCAGGAAAGUACCACCUGCCUCCGCUCUUCUGACUGUGCUGCUGGAUUGUGCUGUGCUCGUCACUUCUGGUCCAAAAUCUGUAAACCUGUCCUUAAGGAAGGCCAAGUAUGCACCAGACACAGAAGGAAAGGCUCUCAUGGCCUGGAGCUUUUCCAGCGCUGCUACUGUGGAGAAGGUCUGUCCUGCCGGCUACAAAGAGAUUAUGCAACCACCAACUCUUCCAGACUGCAUACCUGCCAAAGACAUUAAACACCACUCCUCACUGUGAUGGACUUGGGAGAGGUUCUCUGGGCUCAGUGCAUUGUUUGUUUUGGCAGCUCCACUCUAAGGAUGUACAGAUUCAGAGGUUACACUAAGUAUUCUGCUAUUUCCUCUUCCUAGAGCUGGAGUAUGAGGCUUGUUUCUUUAGGAAACUACUUUGUGACUAAUUGCAGUAAAUUACUGUGUUGUAAAUAUUCAAAUGCGGCGCUUGCUUGUACAUAUUCUAGAAUUUUAAUUUUUCUGAAGGUGCUGCAUGAUCUCUAGUCUGUUAUUGUGACACAUCUUGUACACACUGAUUUUAUAUCUGCCUGAAUCUAUGAAUUGUCCAUGUGAAAGUGAAAUAAAUAGGAUUUUUUUUUCUAAAGCUGA